AUGUCCGACACCAGCGGCCCGCUAUUUCAGCGGCCCAGUCUCUCGAUUGUCCACCACCUCUUUCGAGUCCCCCUUCUCCCCGCCAUCGCGGCAAAGCACGUUGUCACCUUUGCGCUUACCACCCUUGUCGCCUUCGCUAUGGGUCGGUCAGUACGAGGCCGAUCCGACGUUAAACGACGCCUAAACCCCUCGACAUCGGAGAAGCAACACUCGGCCAUCCAGAUCGAGGAUCGAAUAUGUCUCAUCUGCCAGGAAAUCGUUGGCACCCGCAACGUCGAGGGCAUCAAGGAGGGAUUCAGCAUGCUGCCUUGCGGCCACCGCUUCGGCAGCUACUGUAUCAAGCGCUACCUCAGCCUGACCGCUGACGAGGAGCCGCUGUGCCCCAUCUGCCGGCAUGUCGCGUACCACGAUGCCUGCGGCCAUCCCGUUCUCCCCUUUCUCCUCAAGUCCGACGGCACGCACCCCGACCUCAUCACGGACGUAUCGGGCAAGGUACGCCCGCCCAAUAGCAGCGCCGAGGCCUUAGCGGCGCCCUGCGAGUACUGCCGGCUACCACAAGAGCAAGCGGAGCGAACGGUUGGGAAGUUGGCCGGCCGCCUGUCCUCGAUCAAGAAGCCGCUGCGCUGGCUCCGCGACAUGGUGCCAUUUGCACCCAAAUGGAGACUCCGGCUCCUCCUUGCCGGUAGCGAGGACUCGAGCGAGGACUCGAGCGAGGCGGAGGAACGCCCAUCCAGCACCGGGGAGCGACGAUUGACACGCCAGGAGAUGCGCUCCAGGAGAAGAACCCCCGUCAACAACGGAGUUUGGGAAGGGCCAUGGCUCACGGCAGCCCUGAACUCGCUCGAGAAGAUCGCAUGGGUUCGCCUUGAUGAUGAUACGGUCCGCUUCACCGUGAUUCCCGACACGGGAUCCCAAGUGUGGGCGUCGCUCUCGGUCGACUUGAUAUUCGAUAACUACCACAUCCAAUCCGCCGAGGUAAACAACACCAUCAACCUUGAACUGCCCCUCGGGCCCCUGCAACGGGCCCUCAAAUCCGCCAUCGGCAGCAUCUAUGCCAACUUGCGCCUCACAAAACGGGACGGCAUCCCGAUGCUGUCCAUGACUAUCCACACCAUGACCAAAGACAGCGUCCAUGACGCCCGCGGUUUGGGCGGCGGCAUACCCGGCGCUGCAGCAGCAGGAGCAGGAGCAGGAGCAGGAGGAGGGCGGCACCAGGAUGGCGACCCGUUCGCCAACCCGGACGUGUUCGCGCAAGAAUCCCUCGAGCUCACCAUGAAGCGCGAGCGCGAAAAGAUCAUCACCCAGGACAUACCCGUGCGGGUCCUGCACCCGGACACGGUGGAGACCAUCAUGCAGCCCAAGGUGCGCGAGCCGGACGUGCACAUCCAGCUCCCGCCCCUACUCCAGCUGAAGGCCAUCUCGGACCGCUUCACCAAGCUCGCCCUGACCGCCUCCUCCUCCUCCUCCUCGCACGGCACGGCCACCCGCGGCGGCGGCGGCGGCACCUCGAAUCCGAAACUGACCCUCUCGGCCAACAUGCACGGCUCCCUCCGGCUGCGCCUGGCCACCGACACGCUCGACAUCACGUCGGUCUGGAACGGGCUCGAGAACCCGGAGCUGGACCCGGCGCAGCUGGCCGUGCCGCUCGACGAGCACCCGUCCACCCGCUUCCGCGAGGCCGGCCCGGACAAGUGGGCCACCGUCCGCGUCGACGGCCGCGACUGGAGCCGCGUGCUCAGCGUCGGCCGCCUCGAGGGCCGCGUCAUCGCCUGCUUCGUCGACGACCACGCCCUCAUCCUCUACGUGUACGUGCCCCACGCCGACGACAUCGGGGCCGAGGACGUCGUGACCUAUUAUGUUUCGAGUUAUAGUGCUUGA